CAUUGGGCCAUGUUUUGCCUUUUUAUCAAAUUUUGGCGCAAACAAUGCAACCAUCCAUCGCUAUAUCUUUUUUAACAGGUAAUUACGAUUAGAUUGUUUAAUGCCCAUCGCGUAACAAGAUGAGCAUCGAGCCCUUUAACAGGUUGGUGAAGCUUGCAGCUCGAGCAUUUUAUGAUAAUGUGACUACAAAAGCAGAAAAUCAACCUAAGAUGGGUCGUGGUGAUAAUAAAGGGAUUGCUGUUGUAGUACUUGAUGCUCUUACAAGGAGACAAUGGGUUAGGGAAGAAGAUUUGGCAAAGGAGCUGAAACUACAUUCAAAGCAACUUCGGCGGACUCUACGGCUCUUUGAGGAAGAAAAAUUAAUCACCCGUGAAUAUAGGAAAGAGACGGCUAAAGGGGCAAAACUAUAUAAUGCUGCAGUUGCUGCGACGGUCGAUGGUCAACCAAGUGGGAAAGAGGGAGAGGAGAAGGUUAAAUUACAUACUCACUCUUACUGUUGUCUGGAUUAUGCACAGAUAUAUGAUGUUGUUAGGUAUAGAUUGCACCGUAUGAAGAAAAAACUAAAGGAUGAACUCGAGGACAAAAAUACCGUUCAGGAGUAUGUAUGCCCGGGCUGUUCAAAACGAUACAAUGCUUUAGAUGCAUUGCGAUUGAUUUCCUUGGAGGAUGAAUCUUUUCACUGCGAAAGAUGUAACGGAGAAUUAGUGGCUGAGAGUGACAAGUUAGCAGCAGAAGAAGUAGGAGAGGGAGAUGACAAUGCGAGACGACGGCGACGUGAAAAUUUGAAGGACAUGCUUCAGAAAAUGGAGGUACAACUUAAACCAUUAAUGGAACAACUCAACAGAGUAAAAGAUAUGCCUAUUCCAGAAUUUGGAACCCUCCUAUCAUGGGAAACUCGAGUAGGUGCUGCUGGUCAUGCUCUAAACGGUGCUGGUUCUAAUGAUCCUUAUAAAAAUUCUCAGGGUUAUGGUGGAACACCGAUGCCAUUUCUUGGGGAUACAAAGGUUGAAGUUGCUUUUUCUGGUCUUGAUAGCAAGGAAGAUGUCAAAACCGAGAGUGCAAGCACAUCAUUGAAAGUUUUGCCACCUUGGAUGAUAAAGCAAGGAAUGAACCUAACAAAGGAACAACGGGGAGAGGUCAAGCAAGAGACGAAGGCAGAAGACAGUUCAUCACAACCGGAUUUUUCAGACGACAAAAAGUCAACCAUUGGAAAUGAUGAUAAGAAGAAUGUACAGGAAGAUGAUAAGAAGAAUAUACAGGAUGAGUAUCUUAAAGCAUAUUAUGCUGCUUUAUAUAAGAAACAACAAGAACUAGAAGAAGCGGAAAACAAAAAACAAGAACCGGCAGAUACGUCUUUAGAAACUGAUCUUUCGGACUCUACCAAGCGUCAAGUUGGCAUGAAAGUUAAACGUGAAGACAAUGAUGAGGAAGAUGAUGAUAUUAAUUGGGAAGAAGAUCCCUUUUCAAUUUCAGGCAAUACGACCAAUAAUUACAAAGUCGAUGAUUUGAAUGUUGAAGCGGAGGCAUCUGCAGGUGAUGACGAGGAUGAUAUAGAUUGGGAAGAAGGCUGAUAUAUAUAUGUAUAUAUAUAUCUCCAUGGCAUUAGCAAGAGUAACGUGUGGUGUAAAUGCCGGUCUCUACUAUUCAUAUCUUCAUUUGUUCUUUCAAGAUCUGCCUCCCUGCAACUGUUUUGUUGGUAUUAAUUUUAUCUACCAUCACCUGAUUUUGUGCAAACAGUUGCAGUGGGAAGCAGAAAUUUAUUUUCGUGGUCUUAAAAACGGAUUUUCACGAACUCGGAUUGUUCAAAACUGUAAAUAAAAGUAGUUUGUGUAGCAAA